UUCAGUAAAGACUUUUAUUUUGGAAUGUGCUUGAAACUCGACUUACAGGAGGGAUGCCACUCCAAGAGCCCGUCGUUUUUAAAUCUUUUUACAUUUUACAGACUCCUCGGUGUUUCCGUCAGUAUACCCUUGAUUUUCAAACGACAGUAGAAUAUUUUGUACACUAACCGCUUCGUUUGUGUACCGUUAAAGAUCUGGUGAGGAUGUAUGUGAGUGAGGGCUGUGGAGCAGUGUAUGUCAGGGAGAAAGGAGAACUGCGGUGUGUCACUGCAGACAGAAAUCAUUCUCCGCAGCACAGACUCUUCACCAGAGACUUCUCCUUUCAACUCUGCAUCGACACUUUACCAGCUGCGAGCCGCUCAAAGAGAAGAGACCACUUCAUAUUUACAUACAACAAAGAGGGCAGUCUGCGUUACACGGUGAAGUCUUUAUUUGACAUAUCUUUACAGUUCAUCGCUGAUCAUAUCGAGCAUGUGGACUCACUGGUCGGUUUUCCUGAGCAAAUGGCUGAUAAGUUGUUCUCGGCCGCUGAAGAGAGACACAAAUUCACCGAGCCACACACUGCACCCAGAGCACUGCAGGUCUUCUGUGAGGCCUACGGAGAGCUAGUGCUGAGAUCCCUGUGUUUGAGAAACAGGAAUCUUUUGAUAUCCGAGAGGUUGGACGAGAUCAGACAGUUUCAGAAUCUGGAGAGCCUGGACCUCUAUGGAUGUAGAUUGGGUGACAACCACCAGGUUUUCAAAUACAUAACCUCUGAAACCCUGGCUAGUCUUGUGAAGCUUUUCCUAGGUGCAAACUGCCUUUCUGAUGCAGGACUGCAGAGACUGACCGCGCCGGUGAGGGUGAUGAAGAAAGGUCUAGAAAAUCUGCAACUUUUGGAACUCUCUGAGAAUCCCAUUACUGAGAAAGGUCUUGGAUAUAUAACAUGCUUUAAAAUGCUUCAGAAACUGGACAUAUCUGGGACAAAUGUGACGGUGAACGUGUCUUUGAAAGGGUUCUUCAGAAAGAAUAUGAGAAUGGUCUUAUCAGAAACCCCUUUGAAGGAGUUUGGACACUCUGAUUGUAAGACUGAAGGCUGGGCUGAACAGGUAAUAAACCAGUGGGAAAUUACAGCUUCUGAAGUACCAAAGAAAGACCCCAAACCGAGAACAAAUGCUCUGCGUUUCUAUGGAAGAGAAAAGUUUGUCCGAGAGACACUAAACUCCUGCUCUGGGACGAGUGACAACACAAAGAAAGACAAAGUUGUGCCGAUUCACUUUUCUAAGGUUGAUCUCUGUGGCACGAGCUCAACAGCAGAGCACAACUCACUUUCGUCAACAGUGGCAGCUGUUCAGAAGGGCAAGAAGAGGAGACUAUCAACAGAGGAAGACCAAAGUUCAGCUCCUCUGUCAAAGCGCCAGUCUCUGUCUGCGGAGGACUUAGAUCUUUUAAACAGUUAUUGAGUGGACACAGACAUGUGACAUUCCUCUGUGAGGAACAUGACUCUGAAAUGCUUUUAGUUUGGAUUCUUUACAAUUAAAAACGGCUUAUUUUUUUAUUUUUGUACUCUCGUGUUUUUUCAUAUUACAAAUAGACUGGCUGCAAAACAUGAGCAUGUUUACACAAAAUCAUUAAGGCUGAAACAGAUUUUAAAACAUAGCAAAACAGUUACAGAAAUGUCACUAAAUGACUGAGGAUCACACACUACCAGACUUACAGUAUGUACAUUUCUGUGGAAGAAGUCAGGUCAAAUCUGAACACUAGUUCUGACUUUAUAGGCAACUAGCAUGAAUGACUUCAAACUUAUGAAUGAUGUCCUAUGUAACAACGUUCAUAAUAACAUUAAACAGUAUUUGGCUUUGAUACAGUCACUGAUAAUGUUUCUGUCCAGAAUGGAACGGAAAGGAACUCUCAGAGAAGUGCAUCUUACCUUUCUUUUCUGUUUCAGUCCUCUCUAAUGUUGGUAUACCAAACUGUCGCUGCUUGGAAAAAAUGACUCUCAAACAACACAGAAAAAUAGAUAAUAUUCCUUAUUCAAUUAUUCAUUAAAGACUUAUAAAACCUAA